CAUGUAUCAAAGGAUAGGUGGAUUGAUGUUUGGAUUAGGGACUAUUGUUUAUGCAAUCGUAAAAAUCUUUACUCUGGUUUCUAAUUGUCCUAAACAUGGUCAAGGAGAAUUUGUAACACAAAACGCCUUAUAUUUAUUGUUUCUAAUCGUUCAAACACUUUUUUUAGUGAAACACCCUCAAUUGCAGCUACUAAAUCGUCGAUACCUUAUUAAAUUUGGUCUUAUGCAUGUUGCUUUGACUAAUAUUUGCGUCUGGAUCAGGACUUUAUGUGAGGAAACUCAACACAGUUUUCAGUCUUAUAAUAACAAUGGUUCAUCUGAACUAACAAUUAGGAGACUCCUAAUUUCAAAUUCCGCAAACUCAUCCACAGAUUGUAUACGAAAAGAAGCUCUACUAAACAAGUCAACACCUUAUCUGUUUCCCUGUGUUCUUGAGUAUUCGCUUCUGGCCUCUGCAACAAUGCUGGAAUUGCUAAGUGAAGUAGAAAUGUCUCUGAAAGAAAAGAUAGAUGGAACUAUUGAGACAUUGGGAAAAAAAGAUUCUGCUAUUAAUUGUCAAAACGAGCAAAAUCUUACAGUGCGAUCGUCAAAUAUGUCGUCUCACCUUAUAUCUCAUAUAGAUUUUCGAAAAAUUCAUGGAGGUUUAAUAAGUGGACUUCUUGUUCUGGCCGCUCUUAUAGCUGUUACCAUUAUAUUUCUAACAUUAGACAAUACAUCAAAAAGUUCUGAAUCACAAAAAGUGUAUCUCGUUACGGAUUUUGUUUUAAAUUUAAUAAAUUUGGCUGGAUUAAUUUUUACAAUGUUCAAAAUGUCCAAAUUAACGUACAGAAAAAAAGCAGGAUCGAAAGUUGACUGUACUUUAUUGUACAUAGCCCUUGGAGGGCAGCUAUUCUUUCAUAUUGCUAGAAUAAUAGGAGCUAGCUCAGCAGCAGUGGAUAAGAAUGAUAGAGCUAUGAUUUUCAUGACUAUUGUUGACUCGGUGUUUGCUAUUUUAGCUUCAGUUGUUCAAGCGAUCUUUAUUCAACACGCAUCUUCACUUCAUACAACCAACUCAGACGACGCGAGAUCUAUGCCUGGUCGAUCGCCACUAACUUUUCUAUUGAUUUGUAAUAUUGCUUGCUGGCUCUUUCGGACAUUACAAAUGAAAUCUAGUGAAAUAGAUGGGGAGCACUUUGGGAUGAAUGUUUAUAGACCUACUGCUUGGAUAUUAAUUGUUAAUGUUUCAAUUCCGUUGCUUAUAUUUUAUUCAUACCACUGUUCAGCUAUGAUUGCUGAUAUUUGGAGUAGAUCAUACAACCUGAAAUGUUCCGAUGAAAGUCAUUUAGAAGGUCAAUUGACAGGUAAUUUGACAAGACCAUCGUCAUGUGUGGUUAAACCUGCACGGAGUAUCUCCGAAGUAAAUAUUCUAAAACAAUCAGAGGAUGAGGAGGGACCUUCGAUAACUGUGAUGGAUACAGCACGACGGUUACAUAAAACCCUAAGUAAAUCAACAAGAGACAAGGGUCCGAACGAAAUAGAUAUUGAUCGCAUUAUAAAAGCAGUUUCAGCAAGUAUAAUAGAAGUUUUGAACAAAACCACUCAUAUCUCAAGACCCGCUGAAGAUGGGAAAAAAAUAGGAAAAGAUGGAAGAUCUAUAUUGUUUGAUUCAAGAGUUGAUGCCGAAGAUAUUUGUCGAAGAGCUAGUUUAGCUGUACAAAAAGCACUGAGGUCUCUGGAUUAA